AUGAGAAAAACCCAAUUUUUAACUCUGUUCCUCGGAGUCUCUUUAUCAGCAUUAACGAUUGUAGUCAUCUUCAUCGUAUUCUUCAUCUUAUGCAGAAGAACACAGUCAUCAACUGAAUCAGAUCAAUACGACGUCGAAUCGUCCGACAAUGACAAACAGGGAUUCUCCUCCUCGGAGACAGAGGAACUCGUCACAUUUCACGGCGGCGAAGAUCUCACGAUCUGCGAUAUCCUCGAUGCUCCCGGAGAAGUCAUCGGAAAAUCAAGCUACGGCACUCUGUACAAGGCGUCGUUGCAACGGAGCGGGAAAAUUAGGGUUCUUAGAUUUCUCCGGCCGGUUUGUACAGUGAGAUCGGAUUCAAAGGAGUUUAAUGGCGUCAUCGAGAUGCUUGGGUUUGUUCGCCAUGAGAACUUGGUUCCUCUGUUAGGUUUCUACGCCGGAAACAGAGGAGAGAAGCUUAUGGUUCAUCCUUUCUUCGGUUCCGGGAAUCUUUCUGACUUCAUCAGAAGUGGAGAUGAUGAGUCUAUAAAAUGGAGCAACAUUAUAAGCAUCACAACUGGAAUAUCCAAAGCUCUUGAUCAUCUCCACACAGGAAUGAAGAAACCAAUCGUCCACGGCAAUCUGAAAUCCAAGAACGUUCUUCUCCUGAAGCCGAGUUUCGCACCUCAAGUCUCUGAUUUCGGUUUGCAUUUGCUCUUGAACCUAAGUGCAGGACAAGAGAUUCUCGAUGUUUCUGCAGCCGAGGGAUACAAAGCCCCUGAGCUGAUAAAGAUGAAAGAAGUGAGCAAAGAGAGUGACGUGUACAGUCUCGGCGUGAUCAUGCUUGAGCUAGUCUCCGGUAAAGAACCGAUAAACGAGAAUCCAACUGGAGACGAUGAGUUCUACCUUCCUGAUUUCAUGAGGAAUGCUGUUCUUGACCAUAGGUUAUCUGAUUUAUACCGUCCUGAGAUCCUCAGGAGUGACGAUAAUAAUCUGAGUGAAGAAUGUGUCCUAAAGUAUUUCCAGCUUGCAAUGUCUUGUUGCUCUCCUUCGCCUUCUCUUAGGCCAAACAUGAAGCAUGUCUUGAGGAAACUCGAAGAGAUCCGGAAAUGUUAG